CGAGUACAAAGUCUACUUUGACCAUGUACUCGUUGUGGAUUUGUUGGUGAUACAAUUGUUCACCGUGAAGUUUAUAAUGACUGCUGGAUGGAUUACUUUUUUGGGCAAUGAUCUACUUUCAUUUCUCUACAAAUAUCCAAUAAGUCGGUUAUCCCGGAAUGAAGCCAGUCAGGUUGAAAUGUUAAUUUUGACUUUAACAUUGGAGAAACCCGUAUUAAGUGCAUCCGAUGUUUUCAUUGUGGGCACCAAUUUACUAUCAUCGAUUACCGGAAAUGUAAUUACUUACCUAUUAGUAGCAUUGCAGUUUAACGCAGCCUUUUCAAAUUGAACAAAUUGAAUCGAAAUUGAAUAGUUUUCUUUUAUCUUAUGUUUUAUAUGUAAAAUUUAAAAUUAUCAAAGUUAUACAGUGUGGACCAUAUGUAAAAUUAAAUAAUAAACUAUAAUACUCUGUAACCUGUUCUAUUAAUUUUUAAAUACGUGUAUCAGCUGGCUUAAAAUAGCAUAAAGAAUCGAUGAAAUAAUUUAUUCGUCGUAUUUUCGGGACACGCA